UUAGUUAUCUGUUUCUCCUCCGCUGUCGCUCUGACACACACACACGCACAUACACUCACACACACAGAGGGAGGUAGAUAACUCUGUGAUUCCACUGCUGAAUUUUUAACGCUGUUGUGGAACUUUUUUUUUCCAGGCGGGUUACUGUGGCACCAGGGUACUGUUACACCGACAGGGACAGAGAGACAGGGUUCAGUUCAGUGCUGUUGUUUACUGCAGCUGGACGGACACAGGACUGUUCAUGGGGUGCAUGGCCCAUCCUGUCCUGAUGCUGUUACCGUAGCAACAUGACCCUCAACACCCAGAGAGAGAAGCAGCCCUUGCGGCGGCGAGGCAGCACACCGAUUCCUCCCGCGCACUUACACCAGCACCCGUCCUGGACUCGGGACCUUCAGGACCUUCAGGACCCGGUGCUCCUCGGCAGCACCCAGCCAGACGUCGAGCAGCCACGCCCACAGCGCAGCCACCCUCCUCUGGGACAGUCGGCGUCCUACCACCCUGGAGACAAGUCCCUCCACUACCGAGCCCAGUGGAGUUCAGAUUCGGACGACGACUCGCAGAGUGACUCGGACUGUGUUUACAGAGUGGUGUUGCUAGGCGAUCACGGCGUUGGAAAGACCAGCCUCGCAGGGAUCUUUGCUGGGAUCACAGAGAAGGAUGAACAACCUGGAGAGGACACAUACGAACGGACACUGACAGUGGAUGGAGAGGAGACCACGCUCAUCGUCAUGGAUACCUGGGAGAACGACAAACUGGAGGACGACGACGACUCCUCGAGGGACGACUGUCUGAAGGUCGGGAGUGCUUAUGUCAUAGUGUACUCCGUCACCGACCGCUCCAGCUUUGAAGCAGCCGCUGAGCUCCGUAUCACGCUGCGACGCACCCGGCAGGCUGAAAACCUUCCCAUCAUCCUCGUGGGCAACAAGAGCGACUUGGUCAGAUCCAGAGAAGUCGCUGUGGAAGAGGGCCGAGCGUGUGCCGUGGUGUUUGACUGUAAGUUCAUUGAGACGUCGGCGUCUCUGCAGCACAACGUUACAGAGCUUUUCGAGGGCGUGAUCCGCCAGAUACGCCUCCGUCGAGACGGCAGUGAGGCCAUCCAGCGCCGACGCUCCAUCUACAAACGCAAAGAGAGCCUAACACAGAAGGCCCGCCGCUUCCUGGACCGACUGGUGGCACGCAACAACCAGCGCAUGGCGGUCAAAGUGCGGUCAAAGAGCUGCCAUGACCUGGCCGUCCUUUGAAGACGUUUUCAUCUGGAGCGUCAGGUUGAAACUUCCUUGACUUGUCGAAGUUAUCUCUAGGUGUGAUAUCGCGGAUGAUGGCAUCUGCAGUGACUGUCACGCUCAGCGAGUCAACACCACUGACUGUUGGGUCCCAACAUUUUUGUGACUUUUCCUCCAGAUUACCUUAAAAAUCUGCCUGCGGAGGAUCAUAACUGUUGGGUUUGAGGUUGGAUGAGUGUUGUGCGUGUGUGUGUGUGUGUGUGAACAGGUUCAGGAUGUUCUGUUGUUUCUACUGUGUCCACUGUGUUGUUCUCCUGAGGUUUCUACUGUUAUCAGUUCAGCACUGUGAAGAAUAAACCGACCAUAACGAGG